AUGCGUACAACUCUGCAUAAACCGAUGCGCCGCCACUUUAAACGAAAUCGCGUUAUUGUGGACGGUAUUGAUCAACAAUGGCAAAUGGAUCUGGCCGAUAUGCAGUCCAUGCAAAAAUUCAACAAUGGAUACCGUUAUUUGCUCGUAUGUAUUGACGUCUUUUCCAAGUAUGCAUGGGUUAUUCCACUAAAGGACAAGACGGGUCCUAUGCUCGUCAAGGCUUUUAAGGUUAUCCUGUCAUCGGGACGCAAACCCGAAAAGAUUAUGACAGACCAGGGUACCGAAUUCCUAAACAGGCAUUUCCGGGCACUAAUGAAGGAUGAGGAUAUUGAACUGUAUAAUACAUACAACAAGACAAAGGCUUCUAUUGUGGAACGUUUAAUCCGUACCCUAAAAACGAGAAUGUGGCGUUAUUUCACGGCCAACAAAACCAUGCGUUACGUGGACAUGCUUCCCGGCAUGGUCUAUUCCUAUAACCACAGCGUUCACCGGAGUAUUAAGGCAAAACCCGCGGAUGUUACCUCCGCAAACAAAAAGGAAGUGUGGCACACCCUGUAUGACAAACAUAAUGUAGCGAAAAAUGCAAAGUACAAGAUCGGCGAUAAAGUGAGAAUUAGCAAGAUGAAACGAACAUUUGAAAAAGGAUACUUGCCGAAUUUCUCCAGGGAAAUCUUUACGAUAAGUAAGCAAAUACCUCGUGAUCCUCCAGUGUACAAACUAAAGGAUCUGGACGGUGAGGAACUCAAAGGAACAUUUUACGAGAAAGAGUUACAAAAGAUCAUUAACAAUGACGACGUCUACGAAAUUGAGGAGAUCCUGAAGAAGCGUGGACGAGGCAAUAAUGUACAUUAUCUUGUAAAAUGGUUGGGGUACCCCCAUAAAUUUAAUUUGUGGGUACCCGCUUCUGAAAUAAAUAAAAUUUAA